AUGGCGCUGCUGCAACGCCUGCUCGCCGUGCUCCUCCGCGUGCUUGUUGCCGGAGAGCAUGCCGCCGCCGCCGCCUCCAUGUCGCCGGAGAACGCCGGCGGCGGCGGCGGCGAGGCGCGGUACGCCCGCGUCUUCUGCUUCGGCAACUCGCUGACUGACACCGGCAACAACGCCAUCCUCCCGGCCACCGCCGGCGGGCCCUCCAGCAGCCCGCCGUACGGGAUGACCUACUUCCACCGCCCCACCGGCCGCUCCUCCGACGGCCGCCUCGUCGUCGACUUCCUCGUGGAGGCUCUGAGGGUGCCGCAGCCGACGCCGUACCUCGCCGCCGGCAAGACGGCGGCAGACUUCUUGCCCGGGACGAACUUCGCGGUGGGCGGCGCGACGGCGCUCGAGCCGGAGCUGCUCAGGAGCAGGGGCAUCGUGUCGGUGGUGCCGGUGUCUAUGAGCAACCAGACGUUCUGGUUCGAGGAUGCCCUGCAGCUGCUUGCCACCACCUCCCACAAUGGACGGCGAAGGAUCUUGGAGACGUCGCUCUUCUUCUUCGGAGAGAUCGGAGUCAACGACUACUUCCUCGCCUUAGCGAGCAACCACACCGUCGAGCAGGCGGCGACCUUGGUGCCGGACGUCGUCGGCGCCAUCCGUUCGGCCGUGAUCGCCACCAUCGCCGCCGGAGCAAGAACGGUGGUGGUCACCGGGAUGAUACCGCUGGGCUGCGAGCCGCAGCUGCUCGCGCUGUUCCCGGGAGACGCCGCCGCCGGCGACUACGACCCGGAGACCGGCUGCGACGCCCGGUUCAACCACCUCGCCGAGCUGCACAACCGCGCGCUGAUCCGCAUGCUCCGGCAGCUCCGGCGCGCGUUCCCCGCCGUCGCCGUCCACUACGCCGACUACUACCGCCCCGUAACCGCCAUCGUCGCCUCUCCCGCCAAACACGGUUUCGGCGAGAGGCCGCUGGUGGCGUGCUGCGGCGGCGGCGGCAACGCGUACAACUUCGACUUCGCGGCGUUCUGCGGCUCGCCGGCGUCGACGGUGUGCGGCGACCCGUCCGAGUACGUGUCCUGGGACGGGAUCCAUUACACGGAGGCGGCGAACAGGUUCGUGGCUCGCGCCAUGCUGAGGGGAGCUUCGCUGCCGCCCCUGUCGUCCAUGGCGCUGUCGCGUUCAGGCGAGAAUGCGAUCGCCGGACCCGGCGACGUGACAGAAACCAGGGAGGCUGUGCAGUGAACUGUUUGGGUGACAAGCACGUGCGCAGCCCGGCCGGCUCUCACCUAAUCCAUACUUUGGUAAUAAGAUAAGUAAAUUUCGUGGAAAAAUUUAUAGCACUAUGUACUGCUCUAUUCGUACCGUAAAACGUUUUAGU